UGCGCAUGCGCAACGAGGCAGCGGGUGGGCGGAGCCGGUCAGGAUGAGUGGCGGAAGGACAGAGACCCCUGUGGGCUGUGAGGCUGCCCCGGGCGGCAGCGGCGGCAAGAAAAGGGACUCACUGGGGACUGCGAGCUCAGCGCACCUCAUUAUCAAGGAUCUUGGAGAGAUUCAGUCAAGGCUUUUGGAUCACCGACCAGUUAUUCAAGGUGAAACUCGGUACUUUGUAAAAGAAUUUGAAGAAAAACGCGGUCUUCGGGAAAUGCGAGUUCUUGAAAAUCUGAAGAACAUGAUCCUUGAAACAAAUGAGCAGACUCUUCCCAAAUGCAGAGACACAAUGGAGGGCAGCUUGAAGGAAGUUCUCCAGAGACUGCAAGCAGCAAAUGACUCCGUUCGUAGACUCCAACAGAGAGAACAGGAACAAAGAAAGACCUACAGUGACCACGUAGUGGCUGGUGAGAAGCGGCGGCAGCUCCAGUGGGAGGAGCUCCUGGAGGCGCAGCUGCACCGCCGGGCGGAGGUGGACGAAGAGCACCGCAGAGCCGUGGAGAGGCUCAGGGAGCAGUACGCCGCGAUGGAGAAGGACCUUGCCAGGUUCUCGGCCUUCUAGGACCGGCCACAGCCGUGGCGGGUGAGGACGCGCUGACUUCCGCCUCUCACAGACUUGGACGGAGGAUUCAGCGGCCUCUUGUGUCAGCAGAGAGCGCCCGUCAUGCCCGUUUAAGUGCCUACGGUGAUCUGUGUGAAUGGGGAGCUGGGAGGAAAAACGAGAUCUGCUGACUCUGUUAAUCAGAAUUGGUUUUCUUUUGCAGUGUGUAGCUCAGAGACCUGUGAGCACAGUCUUCCUGGAAAGAUACUGUGAUCCGUGCUCAUGCAGGGUUAAUUAGUUUAUCACUGACGCCCGAAGGGCAGCUGCUGUCCUAGCUUCCCUGGCUGAGAGGGAGAAGUGUGCCUGGAGCAUCAUUCCGUGAGUGAUGUCGCACAAACGGCCGGCCUUGGAGGGAGGGAAGCGGCAGAGCCUUGUCCCCGCUGACACAGAGCCGGCAGGGGCACGCUGAACCGCCUCUUGGCGGAGUCUGCAGGUUUUGCCGUGCAGCGCGGUGCCGUGCCUUUCCCCGGGCAAUCAGACACAUGUGUUAAGGGUUGUGGCCUUCUAGGCCUUAAUAUUUUCAUCUCUUGAAAUGUGCUUAGGAUGAAAAGUUUACCAAAAAUACAUUUUGACUUUUAGCCUUUGCAAGAACCAUAGUCUUUCCCAACUAUUUACCUCAUUUCCAUGUCUGUUUUGCUGGGGGUAAGAGUGUAACAUACACAAUGUCUGUAUGCGUUUCAAGUGUUCAAUGAGCAAUCAGCAAACUCGGCCCAGAAGUCUCUCUGAGCCAUAGAAAGAUUCUGGCUCCCAGUGAACCAGAAGUGUUCGUCCGCGUGGCAAAUGAUGCGUGUUAAGUGUAAAUCCCUUUCAGUGUUAGCCUCUGAGCUCACCAGCAGGUGUAUUGUGAUGAAACCUGUACCACCUCUCAUCACUGUGAUCUCUGAAAUCUGCAUUAGCAGUCUGAGGGAAGAGCUAAGUUGUUUUUUUAAUUUGCCAUAAACCGAGCAAAAGUAAAUGCAAUAAUCACGAGAUUUAUGGCAAAUUAAUUUACAUUAUGGAUAAAUCUAUUUAGUAUUUUUAUUGCUGUUCAUUAAAGAAAGGCAUAAAAAACAUAUCCAGUUCUCUUGUGUUAAUCUCUGUGUUGCGAAUGCAGAAAAUUCACAAUGCUCGCCUGUGUGAAUGUAUGGCUUACUGUCAAAGCUUCAUUCUUGGUUGCAUGUUGAAAAUGUGAUUAAAGUUAAUAGAGGAGAUGAAAUAA